CUACAGCAUACGAGGUGAUGGAAUGAACUCGGUGGUCGUUGAGGGGGCGGGGGAGGGCGGACAGACGUCAAGGGCCAUGCCGGUGGGCUGCAGGGCCACCGGCUGGCACGGCAGCUUGUAAGAGAUGCCCAGCUCGCGCAUCGUGGACAGCAGAUGCAGAAACAGCGACGAUCUGGCGCUGUAGAUGGCACCCACCUCGCCCCAGCUGCUGACAUGGGUGGCCCACGCGCCCACCUGACACACACACACACACACACAGACAGACAGACAUCUGUGUGUGUGUGUGUGUGUGUGUGUCGGUGUCGGUGUGGUGGGACAAAGGAAGGGCUGGUUGGUGGGGUCGGGUGGUGUGGCUUGGCUUGCUCGACCCGCAUGUGGUGGUCCGGCUGUAUGUCGUAGACGUUGAUGGUGGGCCCCGGCAGCCAAUCGGCGGGGCUCUUCUGGCAGUAGUCCGCCAGCCUCCCCCUCAGUGCCGCAAACUGCUCACCGGAUGUGUCGCUGCCCAUGCUGUUGAUAAAGGAAGGGAUACACACACCCAGCCAAGCCACACAGACGAGACGUGAGAGAACGCAUCCAUCUAUUCCAUGGGUGUCAGUCAGUCAACGCGCCGGCCACCCCACCGACCUGAAAAUCAUUUCGAAUUUGGCCGGGGGCGACUUGCUCUCGUUGGUGAUGGUGGCCGUCGAGAGUUGGAAGUUGGGCAUCGACACCUGCAAUCAAACCAUUCAAUCAGCCAGUAAGCCAGCCAGCUAUUUGACGGCUGGUUUGGGACCUCUAUGGCCCCGCGGAGCGACAGGACAGGACGGACCUGUUUGUUGUGCAUGGUGACGAAGGUGGAGCUCAUGACGUUGAUGCGCUUGACGUACAUCGGCACGCCCCCAUUCACCACCACUCUGUCGCCGAUGUCCAUCGGGUGCUGACACACACACACACACACAGAGAGAGAGAGAGAGAGAAGCUCCACACACCCCCACACGAACCCCGUCCGCCCACCGACCUGGACAAAGACGAAGACGAGCGAGUCGAAGAAGUUCUUGAAGGUGUUGCCGAGGGCGAAGGCCAGUCCAGUGAAGAUGGUGAAGGCGCCGAUGAGUGUGCCGUAGAGGUUGACCCCACUCAGGUAGAGCACCGUGAUGCCCACCAUGACCCAUUCCAGCAUGUGCAGAAGGUUCUUGACGAUGUCGGCCACGUUCUCGUCAAUCCGCAGAGACGCCAGCAGCUGCUGACGCUCCGUGUGCGCCGCCAAGAGGGAAGACAGGAAACGCCCUCGCGUCACCCUCCCUGAGCCUGCACACAGACAGUCAUAGCAUAACCACACGUGUGUGCGUGUGUGCGUGUGUGCCCGGCCGACUGUCUGUGCAGACGACGGACAUACUGACUGACUGACUGACUCACCGAUGGGGUCAACGAUGGUCAUGAAUCUGUCGGUGUCCUCUUGGCACAGGUAGACGGUCAGCAGGCUGCGAGUGAGGUAAUUGACGCUCGCGGGGCCGAUUCCCUCGGUGUCGGUGUCGGUGUCGGUGUUGGCGUCACAGGCGGCGAAGAGCUGGUGCUGUGCCUCCAGGAGGUGGGUGAAGAGGAGGCUGCCGUACGACCGCACGUCGGCCCUGCUCUCAAUGUCCACUCGGUGGUGACCUGACAUACAUAUGGGAAUAUAGAUGAAGGAAGGGAUGGACCGUCGGAUGUGAGUCGUGUGUCUCGCCUGGUCACCUUUGUGAGUGUGUGUGUGUGUGUGUGUCGGGUCGGUGCCUACCUACCUUUGAGGUGGAGUCGGAGAGGGUGGCAGAUAACAUGGGAGCGUGCACGCCAGCUCUGCCACGCUGUCGGCUCACCCCAACUAAAAAAUAGACAGACAGACAGACAGAGAAUUUAAGGGAAACAGAGGGCCUCCGCACCCACCAGCCACCUCAACGACCCACUGACUGACUGACUUACCCGUUGCCGCCAUUGCUGCCGUUGCCCCCACCCGGCUGACCGUCUUUCCCCUCUCCACUGCUGCAACCCUUCUUCUUGUCUCCCCCACUUCUGGACGCGUCCUUGCGCGCCGACACGGCGGCCGUCCAGCCGCGCCGCAGACGGGGCGGCCCCGCCGUGGCCGGCUGAGUGUGGCGCAUGAUGGAAACGCGGUAGUGGGUGUCGUGGGUGGCUGCGGCAAAGUGGCUCUUGCGGAGCGCGUGCAGGUGGGUCGUCAGGGCGAAGCGGGGUGGCAGCCGGUUGAGCCUGGCGAAGGCGCGCUGCUUCCACUGCACGAGGACGCACAUGGAUGGAUAAACGAGUCGUGUACGUUUCCCUGUGUGUGUGUGUGUGUGUGUGCCGUACCACCAUGAUUUGCAGCUGCCGGUUGCGCGUGUGUGACGACUGGACGGACACAUACGUCAUCAACAGCUCGCGAACAAUGGUCUGAGCUCGACGCACAGAGAGAGAGAGAGAGAGAGCCAGCGAUGCGACCAUCGAUAUCUCUUGCUCUUGCUCUCAUCACCUCACCAGUAUGCUCCUCACGAGCAUGGCAACGAGUACCACCUUCAUCCACCCACUGACCACACCAGGCAUACCCUUCCCAUCGCCAUCCCCAUCCCCACCGCCACCGCCGACAGUCCUCUCCACCACCCGCCCGUACGCCAGCAGGGUCAGCCCAUACCACAGCACCCUCCCACACGAGAGGUGAAGCGUCUCGAUGACGAGCGACGACGGCAGGUUGGCCUCGGGGUCGACGUAGGCAGCCACCGUCACCAUGAGGCCGAAGAAGAGGAACGACACCAUUCGGGCGAUCAGGAAGACGGCGGCCAGCGCCAGCCAGGCGUGCAGGGGCGACGAGGGGGUCAAAGACUGCGUGGCUGCACCAAUCCCAUCAGCAUCAGUCAGAGGGCAUAUCGGUGGUUGGGUAGGUGUGUCCGCGCCUGUGUCCAUACUUACUUGUGAUCGUCCAUGUGAGAGCGACGAGGGAGGUGCAGCCACCGCUGUACCACAGCAGCGACCACCUGUUGGGGAAGCGGAUGCAGCCCACCAGCCGAUGACACCGGCCGCUGGUGCCAUGGGUGCCCUCCCGCAAGAGCUGCGGCUGGUCGUCCGUGUCGCCAAAGCUGCUCUCUGACACCGAUGUCGACCCGUCCGCCUCGUGUGCUCCACUGCCACUAUACCUAUACCACAGACAGACAGACAGAGAGACAGACAGAGAGAGAGAGAGAGAGAAACAGACAGCACACCUGGUUGGGCUGCCUGACUGUAUCUGUCCAUCAAUCCCUGCUGACCGACCCGACCUUGCUGAGCGCAUCAUGCUGCCUACGGCGGCCUCCACAUCCCCGACACUCUCUCCCCUCCCCCUCGUGCCGUCGUUGCCGGACACCAGGGAUCGGAAUCGGCCACUAGUGGUCGGCUCGUCUGCCUGCCCACCAGCCGCCGCAGCUGCAGCAGCGGCAGCGGCGCCACAGACGCUCCGGCGGCUUGUCGGCUGCUGAUGGACGGACAGGAUGCGGCGCCUGUCUGGUGGGAAUGCGGGUGAGCGCAGGGGCCCGUCCUCGAUGAGCUCGUCGAUGUCCAGAGGAUCCAU